UUUAAAUCUUCGGUGUGUCCACAUUUCAGUUGUGUUCAUCUAUUUUUCUUUUCUUUUUUUACCAGACUACAGACUUUUUCUCUUUGUUUCUACCCUCACCUCCUGGAUUUCUUUUUAGGGAACGUAUAAAGCUGCGGAUUUUUUUUUUUUUUAACGUGCUGCUCAAAUUUAAACAUUUGGUUCAUCUCAUUACGUGUUUAUUCAAUAAAACCCCGUUUUUCCCGAAGUUAUUGAAUGCGGCGUCUAGUUUUUUCUUCCCACAAUGCACAGCAGUUGACGCUGGCCGUUUCCAUGGAGACGCGGCUGACAGGACGCUAGCUCGACGAGAAGCUUUGUCUUAAUGUCCCCAGACGCGCGGACACGGAGGUAAAUGUCCCCCGCUGCUUCUCCCACGGACUCGGGGCAGGUGGUUCGAGGUCGAGGUCAGAAAAUCCCGCUGCCUCGCUCAGUCACUCUAUUGACGAAUUACCGUUAGCUCUGCGCCUGGCUUUGUUGUUAGCAUGCUAGCUGGGCUACACGCUCAGGUCAACCAGAGGGAGCGGAGAGUCUCGCUGGCUUUGUCUGCAGAGUGAAAACACAACAUCUCACUAUUAACUCAUCAUCAUCAUCAUCGUCGUGUCCUCAGACGUGUGGUUGGAUCCUGUUGUGGAAUUAGCUUUGCUCACUACUGCACCACCAGACCGAUGGAGGAGUGGGUGAAGUGUUGGAGCCCCAGAAACACUAUCCAAAACAAUUGAGGUAAAUUGGGGUGAACACUUCUUCAAACGUAGGAAACAACAGCAAAUAACAGUAUUCACAACACUGAUUAGAAGAAACAGUUUGAAUCAUACAUUAAAAGAUGGAUUUGGAGGGUUUACUCUGUCCAACAAUCCAAAACAUAUAACUUGCUGCUCCAUCUAACGUUAUUUUGCUAAUUUCGCAGUGGCUCCAAAGAUGAACAAACUAAAUUAAUUCAUCCGCCUCCUUAAACGGAAGUCAUCUGUGACCUCCACAAAUGACCCUAUGUUCUGUUCCAUCUUCAGGAGCAGCCGUCGGGAUGUCUCAGUUGUCCGCAGAAGAUGAGUUGGAGUUGCAGUCCCUGCUCAAGCUGCUCCUGAUAAGCGUCAACGACAGGAUCUCUGGUGCGCCGUCGACUGAAUGCGCUGAAGAGAUCCUCCUUCACCUGGAGGAGACAGACAAGAAUUUCCACAAUUAUGAGUUUGUCAAGUACCUCCGUCAGUAUGUGGAAAGCUCUCUGGGGACAGUGGUGGAGGAGGAAACCAAGAACUUGACAAGAGGAGAGGGACAACAUGCAAUUGGCUCAGGUCACGACACCCUGAUCCAUGCCAUCACCCGAAGGACCAGGGACUCAGCUGAGUACCAGCAGAUGAUGCAGACCUUAAAAAACACCAUGAUCAUCAUUGUAGAGUCUUUAAUCAACAAAUUUGAGGAGGACCAGAUGAGGAAGGAGGAGAUGCACAGAGAGAGGCAGCACAGUCAGUCAAACAGCCAAUACAUUGACAACUGCUCGGAUAGCGACUCCUCCUUCAACCAGAGUUAUGCAUUCAUCAGACAAGAGCAGCUGCAAGUCUUGGCUGAAAAACUUGACUCCAGCCAACCCAAAGAGGAUAAUGUGCUGCAGUUCUUUGCUAAAAGCUUCUCGUCCUCUCCAAUGAAUGUGACACGGGAGAUCUACACCAGCCUGGCUAAAAGUGUGGAGGCAAGUUUUGCGUCUCAAAAGCUGAGUUUCCCAACGGGCUCAGCCCCCCUCGACAUUAACAGACCUGACGUCACUCGUCUUAUCAAACAGAUUCGAUUGAUGAAUGACUUUCAAAAAGAGGUGACGACUUUUUGGAUCCGUCAUCCAGAGAAGUAUAUGGAGGAAAUUAUAGAGAGCAGUUUCUCCCUGUUGUCCCUCCAUCAUGAACACAGCUCAACGUCCCCUGGGACAGAGAAAGUACUGGAACCAAUUCAUUUACUGGCUUUACUGGACAUCAAAGCUACCUGGUUUAAUAAGUGGAUGCAUGGCUACUACAGUAGGACGGUGGUUCUCAGACUCCUGGAGACAAAGUACAAAUCUCUGAUUGUCGCAGCUCUUCAGCAGUGCAUCCAUUACAGUGACUCCUGCUUCACCACUGACACAACCGAUCCCCAGUCAGCAGAGCAGCAGAACACUGUCCAAAGGAGCGUUUAUUCAGGAAAGGAGCUGGAAUACGCCGUCUUUGUCCACUCUCUGUGUUUCCUGGGAAAACUCCUCAUCUACACCAAUGGAAGAAAACUCUUCCCCGUCAAAGUGAAGAAGCGCAAAGAUCCAGUCAGCCUGACAGACCUCGUCGUCAUCCUGAUUCAUAUCAUGUACCAACACCCGGAGCCUCCUCACAGUGAUACCUCAAACACAGACUCCCUGUCGCCCAGCUGUCUGGUGAUGGAGGUGCUGUGGAUGCUGUGUGAGAGGACGGAGUGUGCUGCAGAGUGUCUCUACCAGACUGCUGUCAUAGAGACGCUGCUGGCUCCUGUCAUAGCUCUGCUCAAUGGACAGCAGUGCAAAUUAAAGUCUCCUGCAGCAACACUGACACUCAUUGCUGACAUUCUGGCUCGCAUCGCAAACACUGACAGAGGAUUAGCCCUCUUCUUACACGAGAAGAACCUCCUGGUGGCGGACAGUGAGAGAACCAUUGCCGCUCUUGUUGUCGUGCAGUUCACCCUGAGGCUGCUGAAUAAGGAUUUGUCAUCACUAAGUGAAUCUGAUGCAUCCCAUACAUUAUGUGGAGCUUUUAUCUUUGUGUGUAGGCAGAUAUACAACAGCUGUGAGGGUCUGCAGGUCCUCCGACCUCACGGCCUGCACAAGGCUGUAGCUGCUGCGUGGAAAAAGACAAGAACCUUGUCUGAAAGGGAACCCUCCCUGAAACCUGGGGUCAACGCUGGCGCAUCCACCCAGGACCUGCAGAACAUACUCAUGUGGGAGGAAACGUUGUUGGACAGCCUGCUGAAUUUCGCUGUGACUCCCAAAGGUCUGCUGCUGCUCCAGCAGACAGGGGCCAUCGAUGAAUGUGUCUCCUACAUGUUUUCUCGCUUUACUAAAAAACUACAGGUGAGCCGCUGUGAGAAGUUUGGAUACGGGGUGAUGGUGACACAGGUGGCAGCAACUGCUCCUGGGGUGGCGGCUUUGCAUUGUUCAGGCUUUGUGCGGGCGCUGGUGGUCGAGCUGUGGUCAACGCUGGAAUGCGGAAGUGAAGAUGUGAGGGUGGUGCGUCCCAAACCGACACCCAUGGACCCCAUCGACAGGAGCUGCCUUAAGUCCUUCCUGUCCUUGGUCAACCUGCUCUCUUCUUCCCGGUCUGUAUGGGAGCUGCUGGCUCAACAGCCUUUAGCCAACAAGGAUGAAUACACCCUGAGAGAAAUGCCCACCUCCAUUCCUGAUUUGAUUGACAGGCUGAUUGCUGUGAAUUCAGAAGCAAAGAUUCAUUCGUUGUUCCACUAUGAGCAGUCUCACACAUUUGGCCUGAGACUGCUCAGUGUGCUCUGCUGUAAUCUGGACUCGUUUCUGCUGCUGGAGAGCCAAUACAACAUCUGCUCCAUGCUGCUGCACAGUCAGAGGGACAACGUCACUGAGCCAGACGCCAGCGACGGGGAGUUCAUCAUCGACAGUCUCUCAGUGGAGAGGAACCACGUCCUGGUCCGUGUAAGUGUGGUCGGAGGUCCCUCUGAGAGGAGGCUUCCUCCUCGAGCUCUACAAGAGGGUGAAGAUCCUUAUCCCUGGCCCAUGUUUUCAAGCUACCCUCCACCUCGCUGCUACUCCUCAGACCCACCAAGGAUCCUCCAGCGCUCACAGGAGUCUGAGAUCAGUGCAUUCCUGGCAUCGCCAGUAGACACAACGAGUGAGGACGGAUGGAUGGUGGCCUGUCGUCAUCACUACUGCAGAGUCAUGACCUCCAAUCCCAGCAUCAUAACUGGAGAGGUGCUCGCUGACCUUCUGGACAAGGUUGUUGCCCGUCUAUCCAGCUCCUCCACAGAGCGCUUCUUCUCUCCAGCUGAGUACAAAGCGGAGGAGAAGAGAGUGAGGGAUGAGGUGUUAUCGUCUGUGGAACAGCUGGGAAUCAACACAUGUGUCAGAUACAGCAGAUACCUCAAGCUGCUCAACGAUGAUGACGCUGUGCACGACUUGACGCUGCUAACGAAGCACCUAAAGAUCUUCUUGUCCUCACAGAGAAUUAAAACUUCUUCAGAGCUCAUCACUCAGCAGGAUUGUUACCCAGGCCACGACUGGCUGGCCUCCACGGUUUUCCUCAUCAUGGCUGGAGAUCCGGAGCGAUCUCUGCGUUUGUUGCUCGGCCUCUCCUCUCUGCUUACCUCCGCAUUCAUCUGGCCUGCAGGGAUACAUGCAUCUGUGCACGUUCCUGUGGAGGCCGCUGAGUCAGGAAUCCCUCCUGUCUACUGGUGCACGGCUCAUUACGUGGAAAUGCUGCUGAAAGUCGAGGUUCCUCUGGUCCACUCGGCGUUCAGGAUGUCUGGUUUCACCCCGUCACAGAUGUGCCUCCACUGGCUGACGCAGUGUUUCUGGAACUAUCUGGACUGGACAGAAAUCUGCCACUACGUUUCCACCUGUGUGGUGAUGGGUCCCGACUACCAGGUUUACCUGUGCGUCGCCAUUUUCAAACACCUGCAGCCAGAGAUCCUGCAGCACACUCAGUCCCAGGAGCUGCAGAUCUUCCUCAAGGAGGAGCCGAUUCGGGGCUUCAAGUUCAGCAGCUACCUGGAGUUCAUGGAGCGACUGGAGAGAAGCUACAGAGACAUUGUUCUCACCGACAUGAAAACUGUCAGAAACUUUGUAGGGUAGGAACACGUGCACACGCUCAGCACAGGAAGAACUUUAUAUAAAGGUGCGUCUGAUCUGCCUUGACUUCCCUGAAGCUUUUCUCUGUAACUCUCUACAGGCGCUAAAUGAUUUUUCUCGCUGUGCUAAGUUGUACAUUGGUGUGUAUCAUGUAAAUACUUUUUUGAUGUUUUUAAUUGUCUGUAUUUUCUUCGUGUUAACGAUUUAAACAUCUUUAUUCCUAUCUGA